AUGGCAGGGGACGUCACCUACGCGGCCGUGGCGAUGCUGCCGAGGGAAAGGCCCCGCGCUCCUUCAGGGACACCAAACCCAGGAAACACCAUCACCUAUGCUGAGCUGCAUGUGAAGCCCCAGCCCCAAGGGAGCAGCAGAGCAGAGACUUCCGCUCCUGGCUGCUGGCACAGGAGCUCAGCCUGGUUCUACGUGGCACUGGUCCUGGCAGUCCUUGUGCUCAUCCUGCUGGGAGUCGUGGCCAUACAAGCCAAGCAGUUUUUGAAGGGCAUAGCAGGAAAAUCAGGAAGUUUGCCCCACUAUGGUCUGAACAGCACCAGCAGUGACAUUUCUUCAGAGAGGACUGUCUCAGCAGCACUCCUGAAACGGCUCAUGGAGGAGCUGUGUGCAGAUGGACAGGGGACAACGUGUGAGCUGUGUCCCCCUGGCUGGCAGCUGCAUAGGGGCAGAUGUUACUUCUUCUCUGAGGAGGCCAGGAGCUGGGAGGACAGCCAGAAAAACUGCCUGGCCAGGAAAUCCCAGCUGCUUGUCAUUGAGGAUGAAAUGGAGAUGGAAUUUAUAGACAACAAAGAUAAAGACACCAAAUAUAUCUGGAUUGGCUUGCACACUGAAGGCAUGGAGAAAACAGUGGAAGAUCACAGAUUCCAGGUCAACAGGACUGCUCUAAAAAGCAAUGAGGCUGACAAGAACUGUGCUGUUUACAGAAGGAAAAACCUGAUCCAGGCAGAUAACUGCCAGACCUUAAAGGAGUGGAUCUGUAAGAAGAAUGCAACUUUGCUGGUGCUCUGA